AUGCAAUUAUUAAUAAUUUUCUCUGCAAUUUUCUGCUUAGCUGCUGCCUAACUCAUCCAAGAAUGUCCUGCAGAUGGUAGAAUGGUCAAAUGUGCCACCAACUCUGCUUAGGUCUGUGGUAUUAAAGGUAAUGGAAAAUUGAUCAAGCACACAUUCAUUAACCACUGCAUUGCUUGCCAAAUCGGAAAGGUUGAUUUCACUGUAAGCGGAAAGUGUGAAGAUUACCACCCUGAAGCUAACUUUUGCUCUCCUGCUGAAAACAGAGUUGAAAACUGUACCAACGAUGUCGACAUCUCUUGUGCCUACUUCAAUAAAAAUAUUAAAUGUUUUGUCCCUCCUUGCACCAUUUAAAUCGAAAACAGAUGCCAAGCAUGUGUUUCCCCUAACAUCUUAUAUACAAUAUAAGGAAACUGCAAAAAUAACAUUUGA